AUGCAGUUCACCACCAUGGUCGCCGGCGCCGCCGCUCUCUUCACUGCUGCCACCGCAUCUCCCGUGGUAGCCCGCGCCACCAGCAUUGACGUCAACCCCUUCGCGCUCUCCUGCACCGCAACCCAAUGCUCCUGGACGCUCAACUACAACCUCGUCCCCGAGAACAGCGCUGCCGCGUGCAGCUUCGUGACCUCGGGCGCGACCAUCCCGACCACGAUCGGCACAGCCAUCGGCCCCUUUGCGUGCUCGCCGUCGGACCCCAACGUCGUCGUGCGCAUCCAGGUGCUCUCGGGCCAGUACCGCGUGCUGAUCUCCGUGGUCGGCGCCCCGACGGCCAACUUCGACUACUUCCUGCCCGCGUCCGACUUCCCGGGCCUGAACAGCUACACUGGCCCGUCGAGCUUCACUGCUUUGUGA